AUGGGAGACCAGAAGCCUUUUCGAGUUAUCAUAGUAGGUGGAGGAGUUGGAGGCCUUGCUGCCGCUCAUGCCUUUGAGAAGGCCAAUAUCGACCAUGUCGUCUUGGAGAAGGGCGAAAUUGCUCCAGCACGUGGAGCCAGUAUUGGCAUCUACCCACACGGAGCCAGGAUUCUCCAACAGUUCGGAACACUCAAAGCUGUUGACGACGAAACGUACCCAAUAGAGAAGGCCAAAGAUCUCCUACCUGACGGAACAGUCUUCGCCAACAGCGAUCUGUUCAAAUUUUUGAGACAAUACCAUGGGUAUCCAAUCCCGGUCUUAGAGCGCAGGCGUUUCCUAGAAAUCAUGUACGAGGCGCUCUCUGACAAAUCUGCCGUCAAGCCGCAUACCGAGGUUGUGGACAUUAUCGACUCAGAAGAUGGUGUCAAGGUGGUACUCGCUGACGGAGGCAUUGAAGAGGGUGACUUGGUGUUAGGAGUCGAUGGAGUCCAUAGCCUGGUCAGAAGCCUUAUGUGGAGGAAUGCCAACACGGCUGUUCCAGGAAUGAUCACUGCGAAUGAGAAGAAGAGUCUCUAUGCCGACUAUAGUCUUCUGAUUGGUUUCAGCGAAACAAAAGCGGAGAUGAGCCAGAGCGAUCUGACUUGCACUCACUACCCUGGAAAAUCGUUCUUGGUUAUUGGAGGCAAAAAACACACGUUCUGGUUUGUAUUCUUCAAGAACGAAAGAGUGCACUGGCCCGCCCUCCCAAGGUGGACCAAGGCAGAUGCAGAGAGACGCGCCGCUGAAUGCAUGGACUGUCCCAUCUCAGAAACUCAAGUUUUCGGGGAGCUCUGGAAAACCGCCAUCCGGACUGAGCUUGUCAACGUGGAAGAAGGUCUCUUCAAACAUAUGUUUUUCGGACGUGUUGUUCUCGCCGGCGACGCUGUCCACAAGAUGACGCCGAACAUUGGACUGGGUGGUAACUCUGCUAUGGAGAGCAUCGUCGUCCUCACUAACCUCCUCAACAAGGCUAUAAAGGAGCAUCCACAGGGUAAACCAGACAGGGCGGCUCUUCAGAGUUUGCUCACUGAGUACCAGAAGGAACGGCAAGUGCGAAUGCGCCAGUUUAUAGACUUUUCCUCUCUGGCAACCAAGACUCAGGCUUGGGAGAACCUCUGGUAUAAGAUUCUCUCCCGCGUCAUCCCUUUCUUGCCGGAUGACACCUUUGCAAAACAGGCCAGCGCUCUAUUCAAGGCUGCGCCCAAACUCGACUUUGUCCCUGUACCCGGGAACCUAAAGGGGACGGUGAAGUGGGAUGAUGAGGUGUUGGAAAUAAAGAAUAGGAAAGUGAUAUCAGCACCGUCUCUGGGUGAAUGGACACAAAGUAUGUUAAGAUGGACCGUCAAGCCUAUCCUGAGCUUGUGUGUAAUGUUGUCAUUCCUUUUUGUGGUUCGAGGAUCGAAAGCUAGUGAGGUGACUGAAAGCGCUUGA